UGAUAUACAUAUUCAUACUUUAUAGAGUGUUCAUCUUCUAAUUUUCUUCACUUAUAACUUUUUGUACAUAUAUUUGAAAUCCUAUUGGUAUACUAUUGAUACAAUGUUGCGAAUAAUAAAAUUCAUACUUAAUUGUACAAUUUUAUCCAUUUUCAACGAAAUACACCGUUUAAUUAUUUUUCGAUAUUUUAACAGUUUGUUAGAUCGGUUUAGAACAAUGUCAAAGUAACAAAUACAUGUAUAAUCUAGAAUUAUAUUACACUUCACUAUAAGAAGAUAUUACUCGAAAUUUAUAUAAAAUAUGAACGUAAAAAAAAAUCUUCAAAAUAGAUUCUUAAAUGAACAUUUAUCCUUCAAAAUUGAUAAUAGAAUUAAAACAAACAAUAGAACUAUACAUAUAUAUAUAUAUACACAAUUUAUCGAUUAAAUAAUAAUCUCAAAACAGUUUGUACUUAACGACAUUCUCUUAGAGUGAGUACUAUGUAUCGAAAAAAAAAAAAGAAACAAAUUUUUACCAAGCAAUAAAACUUUUAAAUUCUUAAUUCUUAAGUUUUCUUUCGAGAUUGAUCAACUUUAACAAAAAGAUCAUCAGAUAGUAAAAUCGGGGAUAGAAAAAUACAUGGAUCGAUCGAUUAAAUUAAAUUAAAAUCAAUUGUGAACGUUUGUUUCUUUGUUUACAAAGAAAAGUGGAGCGGAGGGAGGAAAGGAUCGGAAGGAUCUCUGCGAGGAGGGAAGGGGAGGGCGAGAGAGGACGACAACAAGUCGAAACUCGACUCUUUUCUUACAAACGGGAUUAUUAGUUUCGCUGGAAAUUAAGUACAACACGUAGCCGCGAGGUACGCGAGGCGCGUGCCUCGCCCCUGACGAGCGGUGCGCUCGCGUACGGUGUGUUUCGUCCACGAAGACUCCGCCUUUCGGCGCUACUUCGGGGCUUACGGGGAGGAAGAGGAUGUGCUCCGCUACCGUCCCGUACCGAGCGCGAGUUGAGGCCGGCGUGGGUGUCCGCUAGCGGAGGAGGAUCCUCGGGAGACCCCUCCUCCCUCGUAAAAACUUUCCCUUCCUUCCGAUCCUUCCCCCUCCUCCUCCUCCUUGCUCGAUCGAGGUUUCACCACUUCGCGGAGUGGAGAAACCGGCGAGAACGCAGAGGAGGAGAUUUCUGUGGAAAAGGAGGGGGGGGGGAGGAGGAGGGCGUAUAGAUCGGAGAGUGAUGUGCCGAUGAUAAGCCGGAGAGAUGUAGUCGACUCGGGGGAGUUCUUUCUGAUUCAUCCGAUGCCCCGCGCCGUUCAACGCCGCGGCUUUAAGCGCCUUGUCAGCGUCCGGAUCCCGAGGUGAGGACAAGCCCUGUUGACGAGAGGUGUGAGAUCCCGUCGCCCGGGAUGUCGAGCAACCGCCACUGAUAUUUCGCCCAAGGAUCUCGAGCCUCCGCUGAUUGCCUUGAAAACGCUUAAUGAGCGGUCACGAAAGAUAAGCAUUCUACGAAUCUCCGCUCCGCCGAUUUCCUUUUUCAUUCCCUUUUCCAAUCUUUCCUUUCCGUUCUUUUUCUCGUCUCGUCUCGUCUCGACGAACGAGCUCCCUACAAACAAUCUCUCUCUCCUUAUUUUAUUUUUUAUUUCUUUUCUCGCGCGCGAUUGUUUUAUGCGAAUCGAACGACAAAGUUUGAAAGUUCCGCCCUCCCCGCCCUCCCCUCCCCCCGCUCUCCCCCCCACGGAAGGAAAACAGUGCUCUGCAGGAGAGAAGGAAGGAAAAGAAAAGAAAAGAAAUGAGAAGAAAGAUUGAUACAAGUGCUCGAAAAGGAUUGUGUGUUGUAAUUUUGUGAAAAAUUUUGUGCGCGAUCGAGAUCAAGGGGAGGAAGUUUCUUCUUACUUUUUCUGAAUAAAAAUUUUUGUUGUAAAAAAAAUUCGAAUAACAGUUUACAAUAAGGAGUUUACGCUUAUCGUUUCAUUGAUGCGAGAGUCGCGAGUACGAAGAUGCAACAGCAGUAUGAUCAACGACACGACAUCACCGCCGAUUGUUGCUACCAACAAUGGAUUUCUCAUCAUCAAAGCCAGCACGGUCAACCUAUGACGUCGAAUUUACCGUCCCCUAUGCAACAGAUGGAAGCAUGUUUACAAUCGGCGGGAAGGGUGAAGCGAUCCCGAAGCCCGAAUAUGUCGAAGGGGCAAUCCGCGUUGACAGGCCAGCCCGCGAAUCCCACUCCCGUCACGUCCGCGUCGACCGCCGUCGAGCCACGCAGCAACGACAGCAACAACAACAAUCAUCAUCACGGCGAUCAUCAUCCGGCCGAGAACGGCGCGAAUUCGUCGGAGACGGAGAUUUGCUCGAAGAGGCCUCUUCACCCCGCCCUUGUAGGCGCGGGGGCCGCCCUCGAAGCGAAACCACUUUGGGAAGAGUUUCAUCAAUUGGGGACCGAGAUGAUCGUAACUAAAGCUGGAAGAAGGAUGUUUCCCACUUUCCAGUGUCGAUUCUUCGGAUUGGAUCCCGCCACCGAUUACCUCCUCGUCAUGGAUUUCGUACCUUGCGAUGACAAGAGGUACAGAUACGCUUUCCACAGCAGCGCUUGGGUGGUUGCUGGCCGAGCCGAUCCGGUCUCACCACCGAGGAUUCACGUACACCCAGACAGCCCCGCGAGCGGGGCUCACUGGAUGAAACAACCGGUCUCCUUCGACAAGUUGAAACUAACCAAUAAUCAACUCGACGACAACGGGCACAUAAUCUUGAAUUCGAUGCAUCGAUAUCAGCCACGUUGCCACGUCGUGGUAGCACCUUCGCCGCCCGGCUCUGCCCCCGAUCCACGGACCGAGAAUUUCAAAACGUUCACGUUCCCGGAGACACGAUUCACAGCCGUCACCGCGUAUCAGAAUCAUCGCAUCACGCAGCUCAAGAUCGCGAGCAACCCGUUCGCGAAAGGUUUUCGGGAUUGCGAGUCGGACGAGUGCGAGCCGGUCGCCGUUGUUCCGGGGAUGCAAAAUCCGGCGAAGAGGGCCGCGACAGGAAGUGGCGGCGUUUUGUCGUCCAACUACGUAAACGCUAUACCCACGGUGCAAAUUCCAAGCAUAUCGGCGGGCCAAGAGCAUCAUCAAUUUUACGGAGCUACAGCAGCCGGGCCUUGGCCGUACGCGGGACACCAUGGACAACAUGGCGCGACUGCGCACAUGAAUUCCAUCCACUAUCCUCAUCAUUCUCAUCCCGGGCCAUCAUUGUACCACGGGCCACGGUAAUUCGAAUUUUCCUCCCUUCCUUUCUCCCCCUCCUCAAAAUUUUUCCCCGAGAAAAAUGACACGGUGAAAUUUGUGAAUCAUUUGUGAUCGUAGUUCGAGUAGUGGAUAAAUAAUUAUCUAUCAAAUCGUUUCGAAGCUGAAAAAGAAAAA